AUGGAGUACUUUCGAACAGUGUGCCCUCCGGCACCGACCUUUACAGAGGAGAAUGCUCCUGAUCAAUCUGGCAAGAUUUUCCUGGUGACUGGGGCCAACUCAGGCGUUGGCGCUGAGCUUGCCAAAAUCCUAUAUGGCAAAAAUGCUACUGUAUACGUUGCUGCCAGAUCUAAGGAGAAGGCCUUGGAUGCCAUUGAGGAAAUCAAGGCCGCACAUCCCGAAUCUACCGGCCGACUCAUGUUUCUACACUUGGAUCUUUCCGAUUUGACCACAAUCAAAUAUUCUGCUGAUGCAUACCUCGCGGCGGAGUCCCGUCUUGAUGUGUUGUGGCUUAAUGCUGGAGUCAUGAUGCCACCCCAGGGUAGCAAGACCAAGCAAGGAUACGAACUCCAGCUCGGUACCAAUAACCUCGGACACUUUUUGUUUGUCAAGUAUCUCCAUGAUAUCCUGAAAAAGACGGCAGUCACAGCACCCAAGGGUAGUGUUCGAGUUAUAUGGGUUUCUUCUUCCGCUAUCUUGAUGGCGCCGAGUCCACCGAUUGACUUCGAUAAUAUGGACUACCAUAAAGAUGAAAGCGCAAUGAAGAAGUACUCUCGCAGUAAAGCUGGGAAUGUCAUUCACUGCGCUGAGUACGCCAACAGGACUGCUGGAGAUGGGGUACUUAGCCUGUCAUUGAACCCAGGCAAUUUGAAAAGUGGACUGCAGAGACAUAUGUCUAAAAUGCAGACUGUGAUGGCUAACCUGAUCCUGUACCCUCCAAUUUAUGGCGCUUACACAGAGCUCUAUGCAGGGUUAAGUGCUGAAAUCACAGAAGAUAACAAUGCUUCCUUUGUUGCUCCAUGGGGGAGAGUAAUUCCUAUCCGAAAGGACCUUUAUGAUCCAGAAUUGACCAAGAAAUAUUGGGAAUGGUCCGAAGAGCAAGUUCAAGGCUACUAA